ACUGCUCCACUGAGGGCGUAAGCACAACUCACACCUCUAAAGCUGGAGUUGGAUUGAUGUCCUUCAGGCUUUGAGGAAGGCCUGGUAAAAAAGGACCUGUAUGUAAUUUUUCUGGGAUUCCAAAAGGGUGGAUAGGCUUAGUGAAUUGGAUGCCCCUAAAACUGUGUAAGUGCCAGGUAGGUGUCCUAGUGUGUUCAAUCUGAGCAGUUUCCUCACCCCCAAAAUGGGGCCCUCUCUCAUACUUCUCAAGGACUUUUGGAACUGCAGUGUCAGAAAAAUGAAAAAUCUGAUUGAUGGUCCUUUUGAAACCUUUAAUUGAUGGUUCUUUUAAUUUCACCUUCCAAAACUGCAUCAAUUUCAAUAAAAAGAAAGAGAAAAUAAACAAAACCCUAACCCAGACCAUCUUAUAUUUACUACUGAAGCUUAUUUCAAAUCUGGCUUGAGUUGACUGUGUGGGUUUGGCUGAAAUGUGGAAGCAUUAAUCACUUCCUGGUGUUGCAGGCUACUUAGAGUGUUUUCAACCCUCAGCAGCUAACAGUUCAGGGAGGCAGCACAGAGAGCUGGAUAUGCAGGAUGAGGAAGGAUACGCCACUUUAAAUUUUCAGGCCUCAGAUGCAGUCUCUGCCCAUGGACAUCCAGGCAGCCGCAAAGUGGGAGAUGCAACCGGAUGGGGUGGGAACUGCCUCUCCCUCAAACACCACUCAACACCUAUAUCCUGAUGGAUGGGGCACUGUCCAGAAAGUCAUGUCCCAAUUUAUCCUCCAAAUGGCGUGUGGCUGCAUUGACUUCAAUCACCCUGUGCCUGCUAUUGCUGGUAGGGCUGGCAGCCCUGGCGGUCCUGUUUUUCCAGGCUACCAAGGAUAAAGAGAGAGAAGCUGAAGAACUCAAGCAAAUGAAGGAAGUUCUGCAAACAAAUUUCUCAAAGUUGCAAGAAAUAAGAAAUAGUUUGUGUCUGGAAGGGGAAAAGGAGAAGAAAAAUAAUGGAGUCAGCUGCCCACUGUGCCCUGCACACUGGCAGUGGAGAGGAGGAAAUUCCUGUUACUAUGUUUCUACAAACGAGGCCACAUGGAGUGAGAGUCAGAAGUCAUGCUCCAUGUGGAAUUCUACCCUUGUCCUGGUGAAAGAUGAGUCAAAGAAGGAAUUUCUAAAAAAUCAGUUUCCAAUACCCAAUUAUUGGAUUGGAUUAUCAUUUAAGGAAGAGAGGAAUGGCUGGUUUUGGGAGGACAACAUAACUUUUAUUCACCCGCACUCACAAAAUUCUUACAGGUACUAUCCAUGUGCAUAUUUGGGUUCAUGGCAUAUUAAUUACAAUAAAUGUGAAACCAAAUAUAACUGGAUCUGUGAGAAGGCAGUCUUCCAGCUGAAUCUAACAGAUAGCCAUCAUAAGGAAGAUUAAUUUUCAGUGUACUAAUGAUUAUUUAUUGGUGAUUGCAACAUCCUCUCUACAUUGGACAUUUAUCCUGCUAUAGCUAACAGACAACUAGCACUUAGAAGAUGGAUUUCUUGCUGAAAUUAUUAUUUAUUAGCAAAGCAGCGCACUCUGUCUUAUGCUGGUUUACUUUUAUAACUGAAAAGCUUUCAAAAUCUGUGUUGAAUGAGUCACUCUUGGUAUAUCUGUUGUCAUUGUUGGAUUCUGUCUGAUAAUCACAUUCCUGAAGGAGCCCACACAGCAUGGAAUAUAUAUAACCCCAUAGAGAACGUGGUAGACUUGUUAGUCCUCAUCUGUAAUGAUCAACAGCUGUCAAACUGAAAUUGGAAAUGCCACAGAAGUAGGCUGACCAUAUGGAAAUCCCAGGAAUCCAGGACAUCAUCUGGAUAAAAUGGGACACUUCCCUCUGCUCCCAACCCCCCAGGUGCUCUCAGAAGUAAGCAGGGGCAGGGAUGCAUGCCAGGCAGGCAGCAGUGCAAGGCACUCCACACUGCUCUGACUCAUGACCAGACUGUGCCCCAGGUCCCUGUGUUUUCAGGACACCAAUUAUAAUUUCCAACUGCCACCCAAGACCAGCUUCAGAAACCUGAGACUGUCCCAGUUAAAACAGAACAUAUGGUGACCCUAUGGAGAAGUCAUGGACUGAUGUAAUUUGGAUAUUUAAAAAACUAUGAAGUCUUAGCUUGCUCAUCACAAAAAAAAAAAAAAAAAAAACACCUCACUACAAGUGUUUCCUAUGGCCUAUUUCCUGGAGAUCAUAUAUAAGGCAACUUUAUGAAACUCAAGUGAGGAGACUUUGGCUACCCCAGUUCUGAAGUCUGCUCCAUAGUCCUGGUAAACGAUCUGCUACAAAUCAUUUCCCAGUCACUGAACUAACCUUUUUACUUCUGCACAGGUAUUUAACAUACUGUGCACACCCUUACACAAUCCUAAGCAAACUCUCCACCUCUUCACUACUUACACUCACCAAUAUCACUUAUGAAUCCAUCCUCAUGGAGCCAAAUUAUGCAAAGCUUGAUGUUUAAAUCUUUCCUGAAGUUACUUCUCUUUUUUAAUCAUUUUGUUGGAAGGAAAGCAUGAAAAUUAUAUAUAUUAAUUUCUCAUUAGAUAUCCACUACCUGUUAUAGUGUAAGGGAAAUUCAGAAGACAUUCUGAAUGUGUUCCAUAGAAAACCUUUGGCACUCAGACAGGGAACUUGCAGUUUUAAAUGGACUAGAGAACCGUAGGACCAAAUUCUGUUUUAUUUAUGCAGAUUAAAACAAGAAGAAUAAAGGGAUUUCUGCAAUGGUCUGUGCCUGGGACUACUCUUGAAAUCACUCACAGCUAUCAGGUGAUGAAGAACAUACCUGAUCAUUCACACUUGUUUUUGGAAUGUACCAGGGUUAUUCCUUCUGUGCUUCACAGGUCUUGAAUAUUUGCAGACUCAGCCUAGGGCAGUGGUCUCCAACCUUUUUAAAUAGGAAAUCACCUUUGGCAUUUAAAAGCAACCAAAGAUCUGCUUUGCACUUCCACCACCCUAUCUCCUCCCCACUUCCUCCCCCCCCCCAGCCAGCAGGUAAGUCUUUGGGGAGGGAAGGGGGGGGGGCAGAUAGAGACUGAGGAAAAAAAAAUAUUUAGGGGUACGCCUCCGCAG